GUCAGUCCGUUGCGCCGGCUCGCGAUCGUCGUAUGUUUCGAACGUUCUGAAUUCGAAUUUCGAAGACGAUACUCGACCAUUUGUUUGACUUCUUCGGCUGUGAUCGGCGCUUGUUUUGAACGUUUUUAAUUUGAAUUUCGAAGACGUUCAUCUGUGUAGGGUUGUAAGAUUGUUGGAUUCGACGUUGUGAUUGAAAGAAUGAAGAUGUAUUGGGGAUUGUUGUUGGUGGCGCUGUGGGGUGGUGCGGCGGCACAUACGAUGCACUUGGGGAAGUGUCCCGUAGUCGAGCCAAUGCCUGGAUUUGAAAUGAACAAGUUCCUCGGCGUGUGGUACGUUAUCCAGAAGACCUCAACCGGCUCCAGCUGCAUCACAUACAACUUCACCAAGACCUCGGAGCCUGGAACUUACGAGCUCGAGCAGGUCUCGCAGCAUCUCGUGUUGGGGCUCACGCCGUUGAAGCAUGACUAUAGAUACACUGGCGUGCUCACCGUGCCCGACCCUGCGGUGCCUGCGAGGAUGAAAGUGCGCUUCCCUCUUAGCGUGGCCGGCUCCGCGAGCUACGUGGUGCUAGCCACGGAUUACGCUACGUACGCCGCCAUAUUCACAUGCCAGAGCAUCCUGUUCGGCCACCGACGGUCGGCCACCAUCCUCUCGCGUACCAAGGAGCUCGACAGGAUCUACGUUGAUAAGUUACGGACCAAACUAUCCUCGUUCAACGUGAGCCCGUACGACCUGUCCAUCAUCUCGCAGUCCAACUGCCCGAAGCACGUCAACGGCACGACGGAAGGCGUCAACAUCAACAUCGAACCUGACACAUUCUCGUCACACAACAUCGGGGAGGCAGUGCGAAAGACUGGCGGCGUUAUAGCCGACGGCGUAGAAUACGUAGUGGAAGCCGGCAAGAAGGUGUACCACAAGGUGGCGAGCAGCAAGGAGGACCUGACCGAGCCGCCCGCCGGCGCCGCCAGGAACUAUGACGCCGACGCCGAGUGGAUGCCUUGAACAUUCACCUAAAUACCUAUGUGGGGAUGGAAAGUUUCUAAAAUGGAUAAACGCAUGGAAAGUUCUUGGAAACUUUUGAAAAUUAUCCAUUUUUAAAAGUGUCUCAAAUAGAAAUUUUAACCCUUAAUUUCGCGCCUUAUCAAGAGGAAUUUUGACCCCUUUUGCGACAGCAUCAUUAGGACGGAGCUUUAAGGAAGCUUGAUCAUUUUGCGGCAAUAAAGAUUCCUGUGAAGUUAUAUUAUACAACAGUUUCCGAGAACUAUCUACACUAUAGAAACUUUCUCAACUAGCAUAUAUGUACGAUAGUUAAUCAACAUUUACUGUAAGAAGAACUGCAAUGGAUAGCUGCAACAAGAUUAAUAAGUAUGGGUGUGGAAUGUGUGGAUACUGUGGAAACCGUGAACCCAGUAGGUGACACUGCAACCUCGUUUAGCAUUUACAUACAUAAUUAUUGACAUUUUUGCAUGAUAAGCGCAACCAUAAUAGGACCUAAAUUAUUUUUUAACAAUAAAUUUAAAAGUGGAAACAUUACUAUCCAGAGGCCGUGAGUCCAAGUCUCAUCCAAGACAGUAAUUUUUCGACUUAUAAAUUUAUUCUAAGCAUAAUAGGACCUGUAGCUACUCAUCACUUGCACCAAACCAUUUGAAAUAGUACCUAAUGACGAGUUGAUGUUAAUCCGUGGACUGAUUGAUGCGGACCUCUCUAGUUCGAUAAUCGAUUCGAUAUAUGCUAGUAGUAAACACAUACGGCCCAAUACGAACUUUAAUAUACGUCAAACAUUUGCUAAAGAUACGAGGAGUGACAUCUCUUAUGGUAGAACUGUUGCAAAAGUGUCCAGCUGUCAGCUAUAAAUAAUAGUUCCAAAUCUCUCCAGAAUAGCGCUAGAGUAGCUAAGAACUUCGUUAUUGACGGAGUGAAUUGCGCUGUCUAUGAUUUGAUUUUUUUGUUCAAGUACUCUAGGUAUUGUAGCGCCACCUAUUUAAAGUUUUUUGAUGACACUUUUAGGUACAUGGAGAUUUAGUUCCUUACCUCCGUAGAUACCAUAGAAAUAGGAUAGCAUAGAACGACUGUCAAACUUGGAAAGUGUGACCAAAAAUGAAAUGCAAGUGUGUGCGUAAAUUGUCUAUGUGCGAACAAAAAUAGUGAUGUCAUGUUACAACAUAUUAAUAAUCUAUCGAUGUUUAACUGCUUUAUCGACUACUUUUUCAAAUGUGUUUGAAAAAGUUGAAAAUGAUAAAGUUGAAGUUGUUUGAAAAUGUGUUCGCAAAGAGUUGACUUACCAAAGAAAAUUUGAAUUUCGCGCCUUUUCCUGCUGACAACUUGGGUUGGAUGUGUAUACGCUGUAUACAAGUAUACGCUGUCUUGUGUUUCCUUGUGUUGGCGGCAAAGCCGUGGAAAAGUGGUUAAAAUGUAAGUACUGUGUUGGAAAGUGAAGUUUAAAUUUAUCGCUAAACAUGUAAGUACACGUUCAAAAAAGGUAUUAUAACAAUCGUUAUUAUUUUAAGUCGGUUAUAAAGGUAAUAUCUUAAUGAUGUCUUGUGAACAACUAAUUCCAUACCUACUAAUAUACCGACAAGUUAUCGAUACAGUCAUAUGAACAUUUUGUCAAGCCCUAGCGUAAAGUAACAGUUUAGGUUUUUACACAAAAUAUUCUAAAUUAUUGACUAAUAUGAUGAAAUAUUAACACAUAAUUGAAGAAAAACUUUUAAUGAACUGUUAUAAUUGGUUUUUUACACUUUUUAUGCUGUUAAUUUGAUAAAAUAUCGUUACGAAAAUUUCGCUAGGAAUAUCAUAAUUACCUGUGAAAUGAGUAUUUUCCUGGGUUUUUUGGCCCUGAAACACUACAACCCGGCACACAACAUGACACCAUCGUCACUAAAUUACUUAAUGUAUAAUUUUCUUUUUGAUUCGCUUAUAUUUUUCACAUUAAAAAAUACGGCAAUAUGAUUUUGGCCGCCUCGGCCGCCUUCAAACUCAAAAUUGGUUACGUUUUCUCAUAUGUAGUCUGCCUCUUUUGCACUUAAUGCCUUGUUCAUAUACGUCAUGGCUUCCCUUUCGCACACUUCAUUUUCUGUCAAGCGAAGCGACUGACAUGUCUCUGGUAGAUACGAUAUGGAUUAGAUGUCAGUGUCGAAAGUGACGUUUCUUCAAAUAAAACGUCACUUUUGUCAUAUCGUAUCAUUGCGAAAUUUUUGGCGAUCUUAGAGUUCGAAUCGAGCCGACAGUUAUAUUUGAGCAGUAUUUACACAGUAGUAAAUACAUAAUCAAUAUUUGAAUAGUAAGUACCUAAUUAAUGCCUUGAGCAUUCAAUCCAUGACCCAUACCUACGUGGCCGUGGGUGACGAAUGACAUUAUUUUUGGGUUUAAUAAAAUAGGUAAUCUAAUGCAACUAUUGUAAGCCCAGGGUGACUAGCCAAGGUGCCAAUCGUUCGCUCCGUGGCGAAUGAUACAGUAAUCUCUCUAUCACGCUUUCAUAUUAAUGCGAUAGAGAUAUUGGUGUUUCGUUCGCUACGGAGCGUUGAAAAAACCGAACGUGUUAUACAUCUAGUUUUAACUAAAUACUCAAUAUUUUAAGCCUUUCAUAUGUGCCUCAAACAUUGUAUAUUUGGGUGUAUUCUCAUUUGUCCCCGCCGGGCACAGUUGAGAAUAGGUGCAUUCAUAUGAAUAAUUCCUAUCUGUCCCCGCCACAUACAUGGCGGCGGUUACGUGGGGCGGGGACAAAUUGAAAACACCUAUAUCUGGUCUAUUUGUCCUGAGACUUAAAUUUACAUACUAUUGUUUACCUUACGGUACUGAGACCAAAGAACCACGUGGAAAAAAAAAACAAUAUCACAGAAGACAUAUUUAACUAGUGACAUUAUUUUUAUACUAUUUUUUUGUGAAGAAUAAAGAGUGAAAUAUAAA